ACGCGGUAAAACGAUAUUCCGGUUUGCAGAAGGAGGGCAGCAGCAUGGCAUCCGACAGCAGCACCAUGGCUAACGUGAACGGACGGGAGACCGUCUCCUUAAACGGGGAGCCGGUCGUUAAGCGGCCUCGGGAGAGCGGCUCGCUGGAGUCUCCUCUUCGGGUCCCGCGGGAGCCUCAGAACAAAGUGACCGUGGUGCUCGGAGCGCAGUGGGGCGACGAGGGCAAAGGAAAAGUUGUGGACUUGCUGGCUAUGGAUGCGGAUAUUGUAUGCAGGUGUCAGGGCGGAAACAACGCAGGUCACACUGUGGUGGUGGAUUCAGUGGAGUAUGAUUUUCACCUGCUGCCCAGCGGAGUGCUCAACAAGAAGGCUGUCUCCUUCAUUGGCAAUGGAGUGGUGAUACACCUGCCAGGUCUGUUUGAGGAGGCUGAGAAGAACCUGCAGAAAGGCAAAGGAUUACAAGGAUGGGAGGAGAGAUUGAAAAUUUCUGACCGUGCCCACAUUGUGUUCAACUUUCACCAGGCUGUCGACGGUAUCCAGGAGCAGCAGAGACAGCAACAAGAAGGGAAAAAUUUGGGAACUACCAAGAAGGGCAUUGGCCCAGCCUACUCCUCCAAAGCUGCUCGCAACGGCCUGCGUGUCUGUGACCUCAUGGCAGAUUUUAAAGUGUUUGAGGAGAAGUUUCGCAUGUUGGCAGAACAUUUCUUGACGAUGUAUCCAAACCUGAACGUUGACAUUGACAGUGAGCUGCAGCAGCUGAAGGGCUUUGCAGAGAGGCUGCGUCCUCUGGUGACUGACGGGGUUUACUUCAUGCACAAAGCUCUUACUGGACCCAGUAAGAAAAUCCUGGUGGAGGGAGCCAACGCUGCUUUGCUGGAUAUUGACUUCGGGACAUAUCCUUUUGUCACGUCUUCUAACUGCACUGUGGGAGGUGUGUGCACUGGUCUGGGCGUGCCUCCAUCACACGUUGGCCGAGUAUACGGUGUCGUCAAAGCCUACACCACACGGGUGGGCGUGGGUGCUUUCCCAACAGAGCAGGACAAUGAGACUGGGGAUUUGUUACAAUCCAGAGGGAGAGAGUUUGGUGUGACAACAGGCAGGAGGAGGCGCUGUGGUUGGCUCGACCUGAUUCUGGUCAGAUAUGCCCACAUGGUCAAUGGCUUCUCUGCGAUUGCCCUGACGAAGCUGGACAUUUUGGACACGCUACCUGAGAUUAAAGUGGGCAUUGCCUAUAAGGUUGAUGGAAAACCUUUGCCAAGCUUCCCUGCAAACAUGGACGUUUUGACGCGGGUGUCGGUGGAUUACGAGACGCUGCCCGGCUGGUGCUGCAGCACCGAGGCUGCCAGGAGCUUCGAGGAUCUGCCCUCACAGGCCCAGAAUUACAUUCGCUUCAUCGAGAACUUCCUGCAAGUGCCAGUGAAAUGGGUCGGAGUCGGAAAGUCCAGAGAGAGCAUGAUCAAACUGUUUUGAUCAACUGUGGACCUGUUUUCAUUAUUCAACCAUGACUCAUAUUAUGAUAUCAAGUUUUUAUAGGUAUACCAGAAAAUGCAAUCUUACUCUUAACAUUCUGAAAUACUUCACCAGCAAGGCUACUUGUAAAACAUUUUUGUUGCUGCUUGAGCACUGCAUCUACAGAAAUUGUCCUUAGAUAUAAUUUAUGCAUUCCACAAAAUGUUUUCUGUAUUUAUUAGGAUGUUAAUUUUUUAAACCUGGGAGCAGAAAUCAUUCUUUGUUUAUUUCAUUCCACAGUAAAGCAGUUUAUUUUUUUAGCCUUUUGAAGCUAAUUAACAUUAAUAUCUGUUCAUCAUUUUAGUAGUUUUUUUCCCCUUUUUUGUAUUUGAAGAGCAGUUGAACAGAUUUAGAAGCCUUUCAAGUUUAAAACAAUAAAGAAAUUAUUUUCUGGCUUCAAUGAAAUAGGAAAAAGGUUGAAAGCCUGAUCAUGAACUUUUCUAUAGAACAGUUUUAAAAAGCAUCUCAUUUGUUAAGUUUGUAACAGUAUUUUCAUGAGGAUUCUUGAAUAAACAUAGCGCUUUUAAAAUCAUCCUUAAGAUAGAUAAAUCAACAAUAAAUAUAUUAAGUUGAUUAAAUGUUCUCUUAAUAAUAGUUGAGAAAAAAGUAUAAACUCUAUGUCCAUGAAGUGACAUUACUUGGUAUUUGAGAAUUUUGUGUAAAUGUAAAGAAAUGGCCAAAGGGCAGAAUAAUCUCGAUAUGUGACCUUUGUCAUUUCAUUCAUCCUGUUGAUGAAGUCUUUGACUCAGCUUGCUGUUACCAAUAAAAGGAAACUGUAACUUUUAA